AUUUGGCCAUAUUUGACAGCUACACUGGAGCAUGCAUCGAGUGCGGUGGAAUCUGGUCACCCUCCCUCCUGCCAACCGCAACCCAUCCCCACCGCACUGACGCAAUCCGCAGAAACAAAAAUGGAAUCAAAAUCAAACCCCUGAAGAUAGAAAAUCAACACAAAACCACUUCCUCGAUCGGACCUUCGUACUGCAUACAUACAGGCACGAAAAUGGAAGACCUGAGAUCAAAAUCAUUCAGCGAUUCCAAGGCGCAGGUGGCAGAUUCGUACGGCUUCUCAAACCCUAACUCUGCCGGCCUUCAGGAUCUCAGGUGCUACAGUGCUUCGUAUGCCGCAUCUUCGAACAGCAACGGCGGCAGUGCUGCCCCGACGAAGACGGGAUCCGGAGAUGUGAAUCUGAAGAAGGGGAAGUCGAUGAAUGGAUGGGUGUUCGGAGACCCUGAGCUGCUGAGGAAGAAGAGGGUGGCUAGCUAUAAGGCUUAUACUGUUGAGGGGAAGCUCAAAGGAUCUUUGCGGAAGAGCUUUAGGUGGAUUAAGGAGAGGUCUGCUCAGGUAGUCUAUGGCCGGAGGUGAGAUUUAAUUUUCUUCCUACUUUUCCUCAACUUUGCAUCUUUACUUUGACAUUGUGACAACUCCGGUACCCAUUUAAAAAAUACCAUAGAAUCUAACAUUGUUAAUAUGUAUUCACAGCCUUGCGUAAGAAUUAAGAAAUGGUAAUAUGGUAUGGAAUAUGGAUGCUGAUUCAGCUUUCCUGAUUAGAUGUAAUCUUGAGUUUCAUUUAAUUAUUUGUUCUUUAUUGAUGACAAUUACUCUGCUCUAAAUCUUCAAUAUGGGUUUUGUUAACCACAGG